CUUUUUGUUUAUCAAGAUAUAAAAUCAAUAUCUAAACUUCCAACUUUCGGAGAAUUUACAUAGAUAAAUAUAGACUUUUUUUUUUUCUUCACAAGGUAGGGAUAAGACUGCUUACACACCACCCUCUCCAGACCCCACUUGUGGUACUGGUUAUGUUGUUGGUGUUGUUGCCGUUGUGUAUAUAGACUUUCUUUACCAGAUAAACACAUCAACGUUGUGUAGUUUGUGACUGAUAAGAAAAUGGCAUUCUUUACAAAUUUCAAGAUAAACAAGGGAGGAGUGAUCUGGGAGAUGAUGAAGCAAAUAAGGGAAGUAGUGAUGCUUCUUGUGCUGACCUUAUGUGCUAAAUUAACAGCAAGUAGUGCUGUAUCCAUGCCGAUAAGGAAGUGGCAGCAGACGGAGGAGAGCUAUUGCUUGAGCUGGAGAUUGGGCGUGGAGACUAACAACAUACGUGCAUGGCGCAUUGUUCCAAAUCAGUGCCUGCGUUACGUUCAAAGUUACAUGAUGUUGGGUCAAUAUGAACGUGAUAUUGAUCUAAUCAUUGAUCAAGUUAUGGAUUAUGUUAAUGAUGAUGUUGUUCUAUCUAACGAUGGCUUUGACGCUUGGAUCUUAGACGUUGAUGAUACUUGUCUCUCCAAUCUCUUUUAUUACCAAGGCAAAAGAUUCGGGGGCGAUCCAUACGAUCCAAAGGGGUUUAACGAAUGGGCAUUAAAAGGUGUAUGCCCAGCAAUUCCAGCUGUACUGAGAUUGUAUAACAAGUUGAUUAGAAGUGGAUUUAGAGUGUUCCUUGUCACUGGUAGAAGUGAAGCAACACUUGGACAAACCACCCUUUACAAUCUGCACAGUCAUGGAUUUCUUGGCUAUGAACGUCUCAUUCUAAGGGCUGAUGAGUACAAUGGAUUGAGUGGAAUUGUUUAUAAGUCAGAUAUAAGAAAAAAGUUGGUAGAAGAGGGGUACAGGAUAUGGGGUAACAUAGGAGACCAAUGGAGUGAUCUUCAAGGAGAGAAUAUUGGCAAUCGAACCUUUAAACUUCCCAAUCCCAUGUACUUUGUCCCUUAAAUGGUUGGAAAAAGUGUUCACUGCACAUAACAACUGAUUCAAGCCAUAGAAUCACCUUCUACCCCCCAAUUAGAAAUUAAAUUUUAGCGGCUAUUUUGUACAACCAUUGUUAAUCAGUUGGAAGUAUUCGUAAUUACAUUUGGAAUAACAUGUAAUUGUAAUGAUAAUGGAAAAUAGUAUUGUCA